AUGGCAACAUCACUGCUGGAUUUCCCUUCACUGAAGAGAGUACCGUUUGGCAUCAACGCAAGUCCAGCCAUUCUGAAUCAAUGCAUUUUGAAACACAUUGAAAGCUCAGAGUUAGACAUAGCUCAGGAACUAUCGAAGUCACUUUAUGUCGACAAUGUUCUACUCGAAGGAACAAGUGCAGAUGACCUUGUUUACAAAUACGCUGAGUCCAAGAAAUUGUUUUCGUCAAUGGGAAUGAAUCUUCGCGACUAUCUCUCCAACUCUACAAGCGUCAACAACAGAAUACCAGAAGCUGACAGAACCACCACAACCGAAGUCAAGGUUCUUGGAAUACUAUGGAAUACUACUGAGGAUACAAUAUCGCUCAAAUGUUGCGAGAAACGCUUUGAUAAAAUCUCAAAGCGAACGGUCCCGAGCCAAAUAAAUGGCUUCUGUUAUGACCCACUCGGUUUGCUAUCGCCACUCAUGACUCCAGCCAAAGUCUUCCUUCAAGAUCUUCACAAGCAGAAAUACAGUUGGGACGCUCCACUGUCGCGCCAAGAUCAGAGGUCAUGGGGGGAGAUUAAAUCCAACAUAAGUGGUUUCGAAAUUAUCUUACCACGGAAGGUCGUAGAAAAGUCAUCAGACAACACGAUGUCAGUCUUUGUGGAUAGCUCUAAACGUGCGUAUGCCUGCUGUAUCUACGUAACAUCGACUUCCAACAAAGGAAUCUCGGAGACAAGACUUUUCACUGCGAAAUCGAAGAUCGCCCCAAUGAAAAGAGAGCAGACUAUACCACGCCUAGAACUUCUAUCUAUAUUCAUCGCACUAAGUCUUGCCGAAUCAACCAAACAGAAGGCUAACAUGGAGAUCAAACAGAUUAAUAUCUUCAGCGAUACUACAAUCGCUCUCUGCUGGAUUCAAGGGACUAGACGCCUGCCGCCCAUAGUUACAACACUUGACCAGAAAAUCAGUCUAAUCUGGAAAAGACUUCAAGAAUCCUGCAACGUCUCAUUCUUUCACGUACCAGCGCAAGAGAAUGUAGCGGACUGCGCCACGCGAAUUGUAGUUGAAGGAAAUUUCGUCAACCAUCGUUGGUGGUGUGGUCCAGUUUGGCUCAACAUGCCAGCGAAUAGAUGGCCGGUGAAGAAGGCGGAAGACUUGCAUGAGCAAAAUUCCAAUACCGAAGAAGUAUACUCUUGCGCAGCCAAUAGCGUGGCAACAACAGCGAUAUGGUCGACGGAAAACAUCAGCAACUACCUCAAGCUUAUCAGAAUAGUUGCUUAUUCAGCCCGUUUCAUUCGCGAAAUAACGAAAGGUAAACGCUUGGCUCUCAGCACAACUGGGUUACAAACAAACGCAAUAUCUGCAGAAGAAGUCGUCCAGGCUGAAAAGCUCAUCAUUCAGCAAGAACAGGCAAUCUACGGUUCUGAGCUGAUGACUCAAAACAAGAAACUCAACGUCAGAGCCGACAAAACGGCAUAUUCCGAAAAUUUCGCAGGCUUGUUAAUGCUGAACUCAGUUUUUCAGCUGCUAAUCCUGUGCAUAUUCCAAAGCAAAGCAAGCUAG